AACAUUGAUUAGAAUUAGCAGAAAUUAAUAUUGCUGGACGUUAAAAGAGCAGAAAUGUCUGAUGGUAUUCACGACAAUGUGAUCAGAACUGAGUCUGAGAGAGCGGAGAUUACGGUGGUUAUCUAUGAGAGUGCAGAUUGUGUGAGAGAUCAUGACUUAAGGACAGAGACAAACACACAGCAACCAUUACAGUGUACAGGAAGUGAUUCAGUGAAGAGCAGGAGCUCCAGAACAGCUGUAGUGUGUUUGGUUCUGCUGUGUGUUCUUCUACUGACUGCAGUCAUAGUGCUGUGUGUCCACAUCCAUACAAACAACACAAACUACACACAAAAGAGAGAUCAGCUACUAACCAAGAUCAACAGCCUCACAGAAGAGAGAAACCAGCUACUAACUAACAACAGCGACCAUAUUCAAUUAAACAAGUUAAAUCAAGGGAAAAAUGAACCGUUUAAGUGUUUUAAUGGAAUGGAUGGAUGGUUAUACUAUAAUUUUAGUUUUUACUACAUUUCCUCUGAGAUGAAGAACUGGACUGAGAGCAGAAGAUACUGUACAGAGAGAGGAGCAGAUCUGAUCAUCAUAAACAACAGAGAGGAACAAAAAACUGUUGAUAAAAUGCGAGAUGGCAAGACUGGAUUCUGGAUUGGUCUGACUGACAGUGAAGAAGAGGGCAACUGGAAAUGGGUUAAUGGCAGCACACUGACCUCUGGGUAAGAAAUCACUGAACUGAACUGAUUAUUAUCUAAUAAAUGAUUCUCAAGUCAGUGUCAUAUCA